CGCGCUCCGAGCGCCGCGGGGAUGGCGGGGCUUGCAGCCGGUAUUAAUCUCUUUCUGCUCAUUCUGUAGCAGCAGCAACAGGAGGGGAAUCCCCCUCCCUCCGCCGCAUCCUUCUCAGCAUGCCGGCACUGCCCCGCUGAGACGUGCAGAGUUUUGGGGUUAAUUUGCGCCUGGCCGCCCCUGGAAUAGAGACUCUCCGGAUAUCGGAUCGGUCGGGGUUUGUUGUCUAUGUCGUGUUGGGAAAUCUGGUGGAAUUUUUUCUCGCUCGAGGAGGAAGAGCCCGGUGUUGGCAGUUGGCUUCGUGAUCUUUUUUGGAGGGCGAAGAAAGGGAAGGGAUCUCACUUGAGCCGUGCGGAGAGAGAGCUCGGACAUGUGUUGUCAGCACAUCUGGGGAAUACAGUCUGCAAGUCCGAAAGGAAAUUUGCUGGGAUCGUUCAAACUGCGAUAUUGAUCUUUGUUAUUUUUUUUCGCCGAGGGAUGCACUUGGCAUGAGAAUCGGAGGAUGGAAAUUGUUUGGGAGGUGCUUUUUCUUCUGCAAGCGAAUUUCAUCGUCUGCAUUUCAGCUCAACAAAAUUCACCGAAAAUCCAUGAAGGCUGGUGGGCUUAUAAGGAGGUGGUCCAGGGAAGCUUUGUUCCUGUACCCUCCUUUUGGGGUUUGGUGAACUCAGCUUGGAAUCUUUGCUCUGUUGGGAAAAGACAGUCACCUGUCAAUAUUGAAACCAGCCAUAUGAUUUUUGAUCCCUUCCUAACUCCUCUUCGCCUAAACACAGGGGGAAGAAAGGUCAGUGGGACAAUGUACAACACAGGGAGACACGUAUCCCUCCGGUUAGACAAGGAGCACCUGGUGAACAUCUCCGGGGGCCCAAUGACCUACAGUCACCGCCUAGAGGAAAUCCGGUUACACUUUGGCAGCGAGGACAGCCAGGGAUCAGAGCACCUCCUCAAUGGCCAGGCCUUUUCUGGAGAGGUUCAGCUGAUCCACUAUAACCAUGAGCUGUACACAAAUGUCACAGAAGGCAAAAGUCCAAAUGGGCUGGUGGUAGUUUCCAUAUUUAUGAAAGUAUCUGAAUCAUCAAAUCCAUUUCUAAAUCGUAUGCUUAACAGAGACACCAUAACAAGAAUAACAUAUAAGAAUGAUGCAUACUUACUACAGGGGCUUAAUAUUGAGGAACUUUAUCCAGAGACAUCUAGUUUCAUUACGUAUGAUGGGUCAAUGACAAUUCCACCCUGCUAUGAAACAGCAAGCUGGAUAAUAAUGAACAAACCUGUCUACAUAACAAGGAUGCAGAUGCAUUCUUUGCGACUCCUAAGCCAGAAUCAGCCAUCACAGAUAUUUCUGAGCAUGAGCGACAAUUUCAGACCAGUCCAGCCUCUCAACAAUCGAUGUAUCCGAACCAAUAUCAACUUUAGUUUACAGGGAAAAGAUUGUCCAAACAAUAGAGCACAGAAACUACAGUAUAGAGUAAAUGAAUGGCUCCUCAAAUGAGACAGAGCAGGCAAAAUCCAAAUCCUCAGUGGAAUGCUUUUUCUGGGAAUUGAAAUAAUCUACAAUGCACCCAACCUCCCUCUCUGGCUCACAUGCACCUUGUGCUGUGGGAAAAGAGCUGCCAUGCUGGAAAACUCCUCAAAAUUUAUUCAUGUGAUUGGUGGCCAUUUAAAAACAAAACAAAACAA